CGAGCAGCAGUGUUCGGUCGCAUCCAGUGUGGCAGCUGGGAAUGUGAGGACGCACAUCGAGCAGCUAUUUUGAGGGACCGGGGGUGGGGGGUCACUUGUCUGUCCAAAAGAACAGACUCCUCCAUAGCUCGACCCCGGACUGGUACGCUGUUUCGUCGUGGUGGACUUGCCGAACGACGACCCAAAUGGGCAGAGCGAACUGAGCGUCUUUCACUGCGGGAUUGAACGCUGAAGUGGUCGGCUCGAACUCAUCGGCGGAAUUACACGAGAAGUGAAGUGUCAUUUCUUCUUUGAUUGUCCAGUUUCUGGGUUAAAUGAGCCCGUUUCACCUCGACCGGUCCUCGCCGCACACGCCAGCCAUGGAGUGAAAUCGGCCGGCGUAAAAGCGCGCACUACCUGCCGCGGUACCCCCACGCGUGAAAACCAUAAUAAAUGAUAGAGGAUACAAUGACCCUGCUGUCCCUGUUAGGUCGUAUCAUGCGUUAUUUUCUGCUCCGGCCGGAGACCCUGUUCCUACUAUGCAUCAGCUUGGCCUUAUGGAGUUACUUCUUCCACACGGACGAAGUGAAAACCAUCGUCAAGUCGAGCCGCGACGCCGUCAAGAUGGUCAAGGGGAAGGUGGCCGAGAUGAUGCAGAACGAGCGCUUUGGCGGCUUGGACGUCCUGGACGCCGAGUUCGCCAAGACGUGGGAGUUGAAGAGCCACAACGUCGCCGUGUACUCCAUCCAAGGGCGGCGGGACCACAUGGAGGACCGCUACGAUGUGCUCGCCGACGUUGUCAACAAGAGCCACCCGUCCAUCUUUGGGAUUUUUGACGGCCACGGCGGAGAGGCGGCUGCUGACUACGCAAAGGCUCACCUGCCGGAGGCGCUACGCCAGCAGCUACUGACCUAUGAACGUGAGCGAGAGCGGGAUAAGGAAAAGGAUAAAGAGAAAAAGGAGAAAAAGGACACCCUGUCCUACCCGUCUAUCCUGGAGCAGCAGAUCUUGACGUUGGACCGGGAAAUAUUGGCAAAGCUCUCCGCCACAUACAAUGAAGCAGGCACCACAUGUCUGGUGGCCCUGCUGUCCGAUAAGGAGCUGACGGUAGCUAACGUCGGCGACUCGCGCGGAGUCCUGUGCGAUAAAGACGGCAAGGCCAUCCCGCUAUCGCAUGACCACAAGCCCUACCAGCUGAAAGAGCGCAAGAGGAUCCAGAAAGCUGGCGGAUUCAUCAGUUUCAAUGGCUCGUGGCGCGUCCAGGGAAUCCUGGCCAUGUCUCGCUCCCUGGGCGACUACACCCUGAAGAACCUCAACGUGGUCAUCCCCGACCCUGACAUCCUUUCCUUCGACCUGAACAAGCUCCAGCCAGAGUUCAUGAUCCUGGCGUCGGACGGCCUGUGGGACACCUUCAGCAACGAAGAGGCCGUGCGCUUCGUCCGCGAGCGUCUGGACGAGCCGCACUUUGGCGCCAAGAGCAUCGUCCUCCAGUCGUACUACCGCGGCUGCCCUGAUAAUAUCACCGUCAUGGUGGUCAAGUUCAAAGGCAAGGCCGGCGAGCAGUAGAACGGCGACGGCGUCCGGCAUCGAAACCGAACUUUUGGUGAGAGUAUCGAUUCUAAUGCAGAUGUUGAAAUAACGCAUCAAACCAUGCUCCUCUUUUUAUGUGAAUGGUUUUUUUUUUAAAUUAGCUUGUGUACCCCAAACAAAAUAACAGAUUAAUUUAUCACUGAGGAUUCAGUGUGGAAAUAAUUGUUCAUUAUCUUGAAGCAAUAGAAGGAAAAUGUAUCAUACGCCGACAAAAUAUUUUUUUGUCCACUCACAAUAUGCUUUAUACACAUUUCCCCUUAUUGCUUAGCGCCUAUUCUAACUCUCUCUCAUUCACGCAGUUCUUCGAAAAAGAAGCUAACACUCUUUGUUGAAGUUAACUCAAACUGACAAAUAGUAAAACAAAGGAGACAUAAACACCAGAUGUUUAAAAAACCCAAAUGUUCAACCAAACUGUGGCAAAUUAGUUAGCUUAAUGCUAACAUAAACGUCUUACCUGCGCUAACAGAAAUGAGCAUAGAUGUUAUUUUAAAUCUUCAAAGAACUGCAACUGUUUUUUUAAAGGACAUAAUUUACAUAGUGUUUCCUUACUCCUUUAACAUUAUGACGGUGUUUAUCAAUUCACAUUCUUCAGCCUUGUAAUUUCCAAAUGUUAGUCAAGGUUUAUACAGUAAUAGGAGCCACCUCUCAUGAUAACACAUGAGGGUGAUUCCACUUGAAACUGCCACCUUUUAUCAUUUUUGAACGUUUUAGUUCAUAAUAAACAAUCGGUGCCAUUUUAUUUUUUCCAGAUCGUUCACAACCUAUUAUGAUUUCAGUCGGACCCGAUUUGCUCUGCUAUGUUGGAUAGAAUAAUAUUAUUCAUCUUCAUCGGUAAGCAGUAGGUCACAUUAAAAGAGUGUUAAAAUCUAGUUGAGUUAUUCAUCUCUCAUCACUCUCAACUAAUGAUUUCUGGAUGAAAAAAAAUGUACAGUAAAAUCCUGAUAACUAUCACAUUCAAUACAAGUGUAUUAUUGUUGCCUUGUUUUUAACAGUAUGUUUCCUGUAAUAUCUGCUGCCAUUUUUUUUGGGGUGAUUUUUCAAAACGUGCAUGUCUGUCUCAUUCUAAUAAGUCAUAUAUGUAAAGUAGAAAUGUUAAAAAGAAAAUCUCCAAGAGACAUGAAAAUUAAGAUGAAUGUGUUCACGUUGGCAUCCUCAUCGCUUACUGUUUACACGGCAACAAAGAAAGCAAUUCAGAUUGUAUUGUCAGCGAUGUGUAUUUGUUCAGAUGUCCUGUUUGGAUUUUUCUCAUCCAAACCUUCGUCAUUUAUCAUCAACGUUGUAGAAUGUUGGUUUGGCAUUUGUAUAUGUGUGCUUUCAUAAAAUAUUCAGAUUUGGGAGAAAAAAUUUCAAUAUUUUAAGGUGUAAUUCAGAUAAAGGUGAUAUUAAAACAAGAAAGGAUGAAAUAA